AUGAAGCCCUCAACCACCUUCGCAACAACCACCCUCCUCGCCCUCGCAGCCGCCGCACCGCAAGGCCCGCCCGCCUCAGUAACAUCUCAAUGGGCUUCCUACGCGAGCGGCGCCGGCUGGCCAACCGCGACUUCCGACUGGCAGAGUCUGGGCUCCGCAUUCAGCAGCUGGGCUUCCUCCGCCUCGGUCUCUAGCUGGCCUACCGCAAGCAGCGAGUGGGCAUCUAUCACCUCUCUUCACCCCGUCCCGAGCGCGCUGAGCAGUGUCGCUUCGUCGUGGGCAACCGUCACUGCUGCACCGGCUGGUUUCGGCCCCGGCGCGUGGGGUCCAAAUGGCAACAACUCUGGUCACCCAGGUGGCCCAGGCGGAUACCACGGCGGUGCUCCCUUCGGAACUUCUGGAUGGGGACCAUGGGCUGGCGAGAGCACGGGGUCGUGGACUGAUGGGCCAUGGACAAGCUGGUGGGGUGGUGCUUCGGGAUGCCCAGACAGCACAUGGUCGGGUUGGACUUCUGGAUCUUGGAGCUCCGGCGCACCGUGGACUACGUGGUCCGGGUGCUCGGCUUCCACCACUUCUACCAGCGUUGUCACCACGACUGUGACGACUGGCGGGUCGACUUCCGUUGAGACAACUACCCGAUUCGGCAUUCAGGUCGCUGCUGCUAGCAACCCUACUUCCUCUGGCUCUGCUUCUGCCACUGGCUCGUCCUCCGGCGCGAUGGCGACCAACAUGAAGCUUGCUGGCUCUGCAGCUGGCGUGAUUGGCGUGGUUGCCGGUGCUCUCCUCUUGUAG